CUGACCAGACGCCAAAUGUCAUCUGUUCACUGAGGAAGGGAGACUGUUGCAGCUUCACAACAACUUGCAAGGAGAAGAACUGAAUAACUAUAUAGAAAAGCAGGAGCUUUUUACUUAGUUAUUAUAAUUACUGUAGCAUCAUGUUGUUCUGUGCUGCGGCUGUAUUACUGAUUGUACUUAGAUGCUUUGAUAUUGGGCAUGCAACAGUUCGCAAACCUGUGGAAAGUACAGGGAAGAAGCAGUACCAGGUCCAGCAUGGAGCUUGCAGCUACACAUUUUUACUGCCAGAGAUAGAAAGUUGCCGCUCAGCCUCUUCUAACUCCUAUGUAUCAAAUUCGGUGCAGAGAGAUGCUCCACUUGACUAUGAUGACUCAAUACAGAGGCUACAGGUUUUAGAAAACAUCAUGGAAAACAAUACACAGUGGUUAAUCAAGCUUGAAAGUUAUAUCCAAGAUAACAUGAAGAAAGAAAUUGUGGAGAUACAGCAGCACGCAGUACAUAAUCAAACUGCUGCAAUGAUUGAGAUAGGCACCAGUCUUUUAAAUCAGACAGUGGAGCAAUCAAAGAAGUUAACACAUGUGGAGACACAGGUGUUUAACCAAACCACACGACUUGAGCUUCAGCUUCUGGAAAAUUCCCUCUCAACAAACAAAUUAGAGAGACAAAUUUCAGACCAGACUAGUGAAAUAACAAAGCUGCAAGACAAGAAUAGCUUUUUAGAAAAGAAAGUCCUAGGCAUGGAGGACAAGCACACGGCACAACUUCAGACAAUAAAGGAAGAAAAGGAUAAACUUCAAGAUUUGGUGCUGAAGCAAAAUACUAUUAUUGAGGAUCUAGAAAAGCAACUUGUAACAGCAUCAGCAAAUAACUCCUUUCUGCAAAAACAGCAGCAUGACUUGAUGGAAACGGUACACAAUCUCCUGACUAGGAUGGCACCUCAGAAUGCCCCCAGAAGCUCUUUUGUGGCCAAAGAGGAGCAGCUUGCUUUUAAAGACUGUGCUGAGGCAUAUAAAUCAGGAUUCACAGCAAAUGGGAUUUACACAUUAACAAUCCUCAACACUACAGACCAAGCAAAGACUUACUGCGAUAUGAAAACAGAUGGGGGAGGCUGGACUAUUAUUCAGAAACGUUUUGAUGGCAGUGUAGACUUUCAUAGGACAUGGAAAGAGUACAAAAAGGGGUUUGGUGACCCAGCUGGAGAAUAUUGGUUAGGAAAUGAGCUAGUUUCUCAGCUAACAAAUCUACAGAAAUAUGUCCUGAAAAUCCAGCUGAGAGACUGGGAAGGAAACCAGGCCUUUUCAUUAUAUGAACACUUUUAUUUGGGAAAUGAAGCACAGAAAUACAGGAUUAACCUCAAAGGAUAUACUGGGACUGCGGGAAAAAUAAACAGCAUAAGCCAACCAGGAAAUGAUUUUAGUACAAAGGAUGCAGACAAUGACAAAUGUAUUUGCAAGUGCUCACAAAUGGCAACAGGAGGAUGGUGGUUUGAUGCCUGCGGACCCUCUAAUCUGAAUGGGAUGUAUUACUCAAUGGGACAGAACACAAACAAGUUUAAUGGGAUCAAAUGGUACUACUGGAAAGGGUCAGGUUACUCUCUAAAGGCAACAACAAUGAUGAUCCGACCCGUUGACUUUUGAAUAUAAUACAACUUUUGAUGGUGUUUACAUACUAAAAAGACAAUGUGGCGAAACAUAAUGGAGUCAGGACAGCAAAUUUUAUUGAUCCAUAUUGUAUUGCCAGCAGUUUUAGUGAUCGACAAUAACAAAGAUGCAAAAUGAACAGCAAAGCAGCUUUUUCCACAAUGACCACUACUGCUUAAGAUAUUUGAAUUGCAUGUAAAUAACUGGAAUUGUUAACAGGAGUACUCAUUCCAUGCUUCUUUCUGCAGAAUUACAGGCAAUCUGCAAACCAAUUUGUAUGUUAUGUAUUAUAUAUUGUACAUAGGGGUGUAAAUAACAUGUAAACAGAUGGUGUUAAAAUGUUACACCCAUGUCUGAGAUGCAAGAUUAGGUUCUUUAAAUAUCUAGGUGCCUAUCAUGUUGUCACCUAUCAAUAUCGACAAACAGAGGAAGCAACCACUACUACUACUACAAGCUGUUUUCUUUGUCACGUUUUCCUGUCCUUCAGCUGAAAGCCUACCAUAUUACAUAGAAUUACAGAUGGAAAAAAAUUGAUUUACACAUCCGAUAAUACAAAACAGAGAGUUGACUGUCUGUGCCAGAUUUUCCAUUUGUAUGUACAGCAGCUUUAGCCAGUUAUUUGUCCUCACAAUACUGCAAGAACUGCACUUUUUUUUUUUUUUUUGAAGAGGCCUGUUGUAUGUAAAUAUUUUUUAAAGUAAUUAUGUAACCGGCACCUAUACUAAAGCCCAGAUUUACAUAUUUUUCUAUUAGCAUAACCAAAUGUGUUUUUGGAACAUAAAAAUCUUGAUAAAUAUAAAUUGCACUCUCUCUCCGCAACAUACCCCCUCGAAUUCCUGUGCCAUCCUAAUUUCACAAAACAUUUGCACAUAAGUUUUUUUUGUUUUUUUUAAUGCAGGUAUCUAAUUUUAAAGGCAUGCAUGUUUUUAGGGCGUCAGUGACAAAAGGACCCCAGUAUUAUUGCAAUUAUCUGAUGGCUUAAUAGUCUGACCUUUAUAGUUUUUAACAUGCUAAAAUGAAAGGUACUUAACUUAUUAAAACUAAAUAAUGUUCACCUUUGUUUCUACUUUUGUGAUGGCAGAUGAUGGUAGUACAUGCAGUUAAAGCAAAUUCUCCUGUGAGUUUAAUGACGUUCCAUAGAGAUGAAAGUCUAAAGAGAUUAUAGAUAGCCUUUAGCAGGAUCUAUAGCUUUACUUUUUUUUUGUUGUUGUCCUGAAUAUUGUCUUCAUAAAUGAUAAUAUUCAUCAAACACAUCCACUCAGUCAGGACAAGCUAGCUUUACAAAUUUCAUAUACAUCCAUGGGAUGUCAGUGGAACAUAAUAAGCCUUUUUCUGACAUAAUUCAGUGAAAAGUAAAUUCAUGUUUUACAACCAUAACCCCAGAAAGCCAAUAACACUAUCUUGCAAACAAAAUGCUCUGGACAGCCUCAAUUUUCUGGAAAAGGGGGUUUUCAAAGUUUUUUAUUUGAAAUUAGGCAGAACAAUUUUUUUUUGCAAAUCAGUUUUUUAGUUGGUACCAACCACUAAUCAAAAUAGAGUGGCUUUUUAUGCCAAUUAUGUUAAUAAUGCCAAAGGUAGUGACAUAGUAGAUGUAGAUAUUUGUGUAUAUUGUAGGAGAUAAGGGUAAACAAGCAAACGCAUCAGAAGGUGUUUUUUUUUAAUAUUGUUUGACCUAACUUUUGGAGAUGGAGUCGGCUGGUUAAAAAGGUUAAAAAAAGAAUAGCAGAACUCAGAUGUCUUUUAUAGAACUUAUUCCCAUCCAUGCUCACAAAGAGUCCAUAAAUGCAACUGAUCUAUUGAACAAAAUAUAUUUGUGACUAAUUCUGCAUGAAUCUUAUCUAUGCAAUAAUGCCUUGGUUUGCCUAUAUGAAACAUUACUACAAUAAAUAAAAAAAAAUAUA